AGCCCGGCCCUGCCAUUAGGCAGGGUGAGACAAAUGUCCCAGGCAGCAGAUUGUAGGUGUCAGGAAAGGGCAGCAAAUACUUAAGCUACAAUCCAAUAGACACUUAUCUGAGAGUAAGUCCCAUUGAACUUCUGAGUAGACAUGUACUGGAUUGCAGCCUUAGCUAUUUAGGCUUGAAUCCAGUACACACUUACCUGCAGCCUUAAUCUGUUAUUGCUGUAUUUUUACUGCCAGGGAUAGGGAGUGGCAUUUCUUGAAUCCCCCCCCUUUCUGGCUCCUUUCAGGUACCUUGGAUACCAGAGCCAGCAUGGUGUAGUGGUUAGAGUAUCGGACUACAACCUGAGAGACCAAGGUUCAAAUCCUCACUCAGCCAUGGAGCUCACUCAGUGACUUUGAGGGCCAGUAACUCAGUCUAACCUACCUCAAAGGGUUGUCGUCAGGAAAAAACUGGAAGUGAGGAAGAGAACCAUGUACAACAGUUUGAGGCCCUUGCAGGGUCUGGAGCCAAGAUAUUGAUGCUGGGGAACUCACAAACUAACCGGUGUCUGGAAAGGUGGUCUUAGUGGAAGUCACUUGCAGAUGGGCAGGAACGCUGCCUUCUAACCUCUGGAAUGGAGAAGGCAGCCCCCAACGAGACCCAGCCUCUCACCUCUCUAAAGGAGGCCUCAAACUGUAAGGAAGGGGGUGACUGCACAGAGAAUGGACUCCUGAUCAAGAUCACCCAAGCUAAAUGUCAACUGGCAGAGGGAGCAAAUCAAACCCGCCCUAGCCAAGAGGACAAAGAGGUGACGACCAGCCCGGUUUCCAAUGGGCUUUCAGGAGCUCAGAGCCCAAGUCUUUGCAAUGUGACAGGAGGCAGUGAAAGUGCCCCCUUGGCACCUCCUGCUGCCACGACCACUACCACUACCAUCUGUGUGGUAGAUGCUCAGCAGCACCUGAUGGAGAUGGGUGAGAGGGAGACGUGGAGCAAGAAAGUGGACUUCCUCCUCUCUGUUAUUGGCUAUGCAGUAGAUCUGGGCAACGUGUGGCGCUUCCCUUACAUAUGUUAUCAAAAUGGAGGAGGGGCUUUCCUCAUCCCGUAUACAAUCAUGGCUAUCUUCGGAGGGAUCCCGCUCUUCUACAUGGAGCUGGUGCUGGGGCAGUAUCACCGAAAUGGAUGCAUCUCAAUAUGGAGGAAGAUCUGUCCCAUUUUCAAAGGAAUUGGCUAUGCCAUCUGUAUCAUUGCUUUCUACAUUGCCUCGUACUACAACACCAUCAUGGCAUGGGCCUUAUACUACCUCGUCUCCUCAUUCACGAGUGAGCUGCCCUGGACCAGCUGCAAAAACCCUUGGAACACCAACAACUGCACAAACUACUUCUCCAACAAGAGCACCGCCUGGACCACCAACUCAACCUCCCCGGCAGAAGAAUUUUAUACCCGCCACAUUCUUCAAGUGCACAGAUCCAAGGGGCUGGAUGACCUGGGAGGGAUCAGCUGGCAGCUCACCCUCUGUUUGCUGCUUAUCUUCACCAUUGUGUACUUCAGCAUCUGGAAAGGUGUCAAAACAUCUGGAAAGGUCGUGUGGGUGACUGCCACGUUCCCUUAUGUCAUACUCUUUAUACUUUUAAUACGGGGUGCUACUUUGCCCGGGGCCUGGAGAGGGGUACUCUACUACUUGAAGCCCGACUGGGAGAAACUUCUUACUACCGAGGUGUGGAUUGAUGCAGCUGCUCAGAUUUUCUUCUCUCUUGGCCCAGGAUUUGGGGUCCUCCUAGCCUUUGCAAGCUACAACAAGUUUCAUAACAACUGCUACCAGGAUGCUAUAGUGACCAGCACAGUGAACUGCAUGACGAGUUUUGUUUCCGGGUUCGUCAUCUUCACUGUGCUUGGCUACAUGGCUGAGAUGAGGAACCAAGAAGUGUCAGAGGUUGCCAGAGAUACUGGACCCAGCCUCCUGUUCAUCACCUAUGCAGAGGCCAUCGCAAAUAUGCCCGCCUCCACCUUCUUUGCCAUUAUAUUCUUCCUGAUGUUAAUCACUCUGGGACUGGACAGCACGUUUGCAGGCCUGGAAGGGGUAAUUACUGCUGUCCUGGAUGAAUUCCCGCACAUCUGGAGCAAGCGCCGGGAGCUGUUUGUGUUGGGCUUCAUCGUGACCUGCUUCAUGGGUGCACUGUCAACGUUGACCUUUGGUGGUGCAUAUGUGGUAAAGCUGUUUGAAGAAUAUGCCACAGGCCCAGCUGUGAUAGCCGUGGUGUUCCUGGAAUCCAUUGCAGUGGCUUGGUUCUACGGUGUCACCCAGUUCUGCAGUGACGUGAAGGAGAUGCUUGGAUUCAGCCCUGGAUGGUUCUGGAGAAUCUGCUGGGUGGCCGUCAGCCCUAUAUUCCUCCUGUUUAUCAUUUGCAGCAUCAUGUCCAGCCCCCCAGAGCUCCGCCUCUUCAACUACACUUAUCCUUACUGGACCAUGGUUUUGGGUUACUGUAUCGGGACGUCGUCCUUCAUUUGCAUUCCUGCCUACAUGGUUUAUCGGUUGGCAACUACUCCAGGAACACUUAAAGAGCGUAUUCUAAAAAGCAUUACUCCAGAAACAGCCACAGAGAUUCCCUUUGGUGACAUCCGUAUGAAUGCUGUCUAAAUAGCUGUUGGUGGGAGUUGGAGAGGUGGGUGCGGGAAGGGUGACACUAGCUCCCUGCCCCUCUUGUUGCUUUUAAGUUCUUUCCCCAAAAGAACUGAAGUUCCACCAAGAAGCGCGUUUGUGAUGGAGACAGAAGCGUGGUGACAAAAGGGUAGGCCUCCAAAUGUUUUAAACUGAAGACUGGCUGCACUCCCUGGCACCAGACUCUAUUCUGAGUUCAUUUUACUGCACUGGCUUUGUUUUGGAAACAUGAGGACGCGCAAGCAUGAAUGAGUAUUCACAACUCCAUACAAGGGCAGGGGGCUGUGUGAAUGCAUGCAUGGUUUACUCAAGCCUCUUGUCAGAGCAACUGUCGCGAUUUAGGAUUAUAUUUAGACCCAUCUGUCUGUGCCAGCACACCUGUUAUCACUCUCAAUGUGACCCUCUGUGUAGACCCUGUUGUAUUUGCUUCUAAGGACCUCACUGUUUUUGACGAAGCUGAAGAAAUGCAGGAACUCGUCCAGUCCUGCUAGCCACAUCUUACCAAAUUAAUAUACAGAGUUUCCUGGAUUGAAUGUCCACCUCAAACCCCUACGAGAGAGGCGUUACCAAAAAGCCCUCUUCAAGAGUUCAGCUUACAGAGCUGCAGCUUUUGCAGCAUUAUACCACUAUGAGACUUUCUGGGGAGAGAGGAAAGGAAAUUAAAUGUUGCUGUAAAAGCAGGGGCAAGAGUGGAGCCAAUAGCUAUCCCCAGAAAAAUGGCAUGUUAGAGGAGACAGGAAGAUCAUUCUCCCUGAUGAGUUACCUAUAUGCAGGGAUUAUUUGGUGUCUUUCUUUUAAUGAGAGGAGGAGCAUUCAACCUCCACCUGCAGUCUGAAGUUGGAGCCCUGCAAGAGCCGCAUCACAUGAUCCUGCUAAUCAUGUACCUCAGUCCUAAGAAAGGGCUCAACCUCAGUGGAGGUGGUGAAGUCACCCAGUGGCGACUAUGUGAAUCCUUUAAACAAGUGCCAGCCAUUGAAUGAGUUGCCUGUUCUCCACUUCCUGUCACAAGACAUUUCAGAAGACUGCAAGGGCCCAGCCUACCACAACAUGUUGGCAUCCAAAUGUACAUGGGGGUUCACCCCUUGCAUCACUCCCCAGCUCUUCACCUGACCACCACUCCAGGCGCAAGUGUCGAGUGCAUCCAUCCUUUCUACUCAUUUGAUUGUGCACCGGGGAGAUGUUACUUACAAGGCUAAGUGUCACAUCCACAUGGUGCUUGUUGCAGCAGGCUGAUGCAUUCGUGCAGAAUGCCCUUCCAUAGCCCAGCGUAGCCACACAGAGAAAUAAUUCUUCAGGAGUGUCUUAAUUUGUGUUUUCUUUUUUCUUAAUGGGGUGGGCAUAGAGCCAUUUUGCAGUUUUAUGCAACCACUCCAUGGGAGCUCUGCAUCAGGGGACAGAUGGCAAGUGACGAAUGAGGCUCUCAAAAGCCUCUUUUAUGAGCACUAAACUGCAAACCGACAACACUGAUAGGACCACUAAAUUGGUGUGUGUAUUUCUAUUACAAAAAAACUAACAAUGGUGUAACUAGUUGGCUGACUGGGCUACACUGAACACAUACAAUGCUGAUAUUCCAAUUUACUAGGCCCUCUGACAAAUGCUGCUGUUCUGAACACACUUAUCUAUGGAGCUGUUAAGUAUGCCAAAGCAAAUAGUAUGAAAUCAAUUUCUGGUACAUGAACAUAACCCAAUGAAAGUUUCUGCUGCACAGGCCACAUUACAUGGAAUGGGAAAUGUGCAAGAGGCUGGUUUGGAAACUAACUUAGGCUACUACUACCCUUUCUGUAUGAACUGGGACUGUGUUUACCUUUUGGUAUGGAGAAAUUAAAACUGGAGUUUUAUUUUACAAAACUAAAGUAUUCCUCGCUUAACUUGUAUAUAAUGCAACUAUAUUAAUUUAUGCUACUGCUUUAGUUAUAUUUAAUGUCCCCAGCUGGAUUGUAAGUCAUCAGUAUGUGCCUUGCGAUGUAAACUGUUACUGUAAUAAAUUUAGUAUCACAAUAAAAUGGCAGUUGUAU